AAAGACAGAAAGAGAGAAAGAAAGAGACAGAACAGAGACAGAAAGAGAAAGAGAGAGAAAGAGACAAAGACAGAGAGAGAGAAAGAAAGAGACAGAAAGAGAGAGAGAGAGAGAGAAAGAAAGAAAAUAAAGUGUGUGUGUUUGUGUGUGUGAGAGAGAUAGAACAGUGUGUGUGAGUGAAAAAGACACUCAGAGAAUAGAAUAUAUAUGUGUGUAUAUAUGUGUUUGUGUGUGUGCAUGAAAAAGCACAGAGUGUAAGAGAGAGGCAGACAGGACUGUGUGAGAGACACAACAGAGUAUAUUUGUGUGUGUGCCCGAGAGAGUAGUGUGUGUGUGUGUGUGUGUGUGUGUGUGUGUACAAGUGAGAGAGAACAGAGUGUGUGAGAAAGAAUAGAAUAUAUGUGUAUGUGUGCAUGAAACAGAACAGUGUGUAUGUAAGAGUGAGACAGAACAGAGUGUGAGAGAGUGAGAGAGACAGUCAGAGAACUCUGUGUGUGUGUGUGUGUGUGUGUGUGUGUGUGUGUGUGUGUGUAAGAGAGAGAGGGAGAGGGCAAAGCGAGCCAGAGGGAGAACAGGGUCUCCAUGACAACUGGCCUGGCCAGCUCGUCGUGCUUGUGCUCACUGGAGCUGGAGGAGCUCUGGAAGGGUCAGAGGAAGGAGCUGUGGGAAGCACGCAGCAGGUAUCGGAGCUCAGCGAGCGGAUUUGGGGGCCCGGGCUCCCCGGCCUGAGCUUGGCGUGAGCGCACCCCGCUGAGGAUGGAGUGGGCAGGAAAGCCCCGGGAGUUUCAGGGACUUGGAUUCACGGAGAGCCGAAAUGACCAUGACUGCCAACAAGAAUGCCAGCAUCACCCACGGAGCUGGAGGCACUAAACCCCCCCGGGAGACCCUGGGCCGGUCUCAGUCGGUUUCUCCACCUCCGGUCCUCUCCCCGCCAAGAAGCCCCUCCUGCCCGCUCAGCCACAGCGAAACCUCGGCCAGCAGCUCCCCCGCCGGCCCCGGCUCCCAGCUGGUCCUCAGGGACUGGAGCCCCCAGGCCGCCUCUCCCGACAGCCCCCCGGAGCUGCCCGCGGACGGCCGGCCCAGUCAUCCCGCCAAGGCCGCCAGCCUCGGCAGCUCGGACAGCAGACUCUCGGGGCCCACGGGCCGGAAGGCGAGCCCCCUCGGGGAGGCCCGGAAUGGCGAGGAGGUAGCCGGCCGCCCGCCCCUCGCCCACAGCGCGCCGUCCCUGGGCCCCUCGGCCUGCCUGCGGAGCGUCCCGCGGGGCCGGCCCGGCACCCGCAGCCUGGGCAUCCGGGAGAAGAUCUCAGCAUGGGAAGGCCGCCGAGAGGCCUCGCCCAGAAUGAGUGCGUUCGGGGAGAAGCGGGAGGGCCCCAAGAGUGAGCGGGCGGCCAGCGAGGGCUGCCCCAGCGUGCUGCCCUCCCCGUGCAGCUCCGACAAGACCUUUGACUUCAAGGGCCUCCGGAGGAUGAGCAGGACCUUCUCCGAGUGCUCGUACCCCGAGACGGAGGAGGAGGGGGAGCCGCUCCCGGAGCGGGACCCCUGCCACCGGCCGGACAAGCGGGCGAGCCGCAGCGAGCCCGGCGCCUUCCUCAAGGGCCACGGCCGCAAGGAGAGCUCGGCCGUGCUGAGCCGCAUCCAGAAGAUUGAGCAGGCCCUGAAGGAGCAGCCCGGCCGGGGGCUCCCCCAGCUCCCCAGCAGCUGCUACAGCGUGGAUCGGGGGAGGAGGAAGACCACCCCCGUGGGCACCUUGGGCACCUUGGAGGAGUCCGCAGGGGGCGGCGGCCGUGGAGCGGGGGCUCCCGGGACGGGGGGUGAGGCGGGCCCGCCCCCGGAGAGCCAGGGGAGCGGCCUCGGCAAGCUAGAGCCCCCCCGAAGCAGCCCCAUCCCCAAGGUGCUUCCCGAGAGUCCCCCCGACCCAGACGUGAACCCCGUCCCGAAACCCAAGCGCACCUUCGAGUAUGAGGCUGACAAGACCCCCAAGAGUAAGCCGAGCAACGGACUACCUCCUUCUCCCACGCCUGCUGCUCCCCCGCCCCUGCCCUCCACCCCGGCCCCCCCGGUCACCAGGAGGGGCAAGAAGGACUCACGCUUCCACCGCAAGUCCCAGAGCAGCCAGAUCAGAGGAGAGAAAUCACAGAGGGUUGUCAAGGAAUGGUGGUCCCUAAUAUAUAAAAGAAAAUCCUUUGAGUUUGAGGAUGCGUCCAGUCUCCAGUCCCUGUACCCCUCCUCCCCCACCGAGAACGGUACUGAGAACCAGCACAAAUUUGGAUCCAAGAGCACUUUAGAGGAGAAUGCCUAUGAGGACAUUGUGGGAGAUGUGCCCAAAGAGAAUCCAUAUGAGGAUGUGGACUUAAAGGGCCGGCGGGCAGGACGCAAGUCCCAGCAGCUGUCCGAGAACUCCCUAGACGCUUUGCACAGGAUGUGGACUCCCCAGGAGAGGAAGUACAGCAACCCGCCCCCCCAGCUCUCCCUGAAAUCCGGCACUCAGUCCUUGCGCGUCGGGAAUUGGUCCGAGAGGAAGGGCCACCGGUUGCCACGGUUACCCAAGAGACACAGCCACGAUGACAUGCUGCUGUUGGCCCAGCUGAGCUUGCCUUCCUCGCCGUCCAGCCUUAACGAAGACAGCCUGAGCACCACCAGCGAGCUGCUCUCCAGCCGCCGUGCCCGCCGAAUCCCCAAGCUGGUUCAGAGGAUCAAUUCCAUCUAUAACGCCAAGAGGGGCAAGAAGAGGUUAAAGAAGCUGUCCAUGUCGAGCAUCGAGACGGCGUCCCUGAGAGACGAGAACAGCGAGAGCGAGAGCGACUCCGACGACCGAUUUAAAGCUCACACCCAGCGCCUGGUGCACAUCCAGUCCAUGCUGAAGCGGGCGCCCAGCUACCGGACGCUAGAGCUGGAGCUGAUCGAGUGGCAGGAGCGGGAGCUGUUUGAGUACUUCGUGGUGGUGUCCUUGAAGAAGAAGCCGUCCAGAAACACCUACCUCCCCGAGGUCUCCUACCAGUUCCCCAAGCUGGACAGACCCACCAAGCAGAUGCGGGAGGCCGAGGAGCGGCUCAAGGCCAUCCCCCAGUUCUGCUUCCCCGAUGCCAAGGACUGGCUUCCUGUCUCCGAUUACAGCAGCGAGACCUUCUCUUUCAUGCUCACGGGCGAGGACGGCAGCCGGAGGUUCGGCUACUGCAGGCGGUUACUGCCAAGUGGAAAAGGUCCUCGCCUCCCCGAGGUGUACUGUGUCAUCAGCCGCCUUGGCUGCUUCGGCUUGUUUUCCAAGAUCCUUGACGAGGUGGAGCGACGGCGGGGGAUCUCGGCCGCCCUGGUGUACCCCUUCAUGAGAAGUCUCAUGGAGUCGCCCUUUCCUGCCCCAGGAAAAACCAUCAAAGUGAAGACCUUCCUGCCUGGAUCAGGAAACGAGGUACUGGAGCUGCGACGGCCCACGGACUCGCGCCUGGAACACGUAGACUUUGAGUGUCUGUUCACCUGCCUCAGCGUGCGCCAGCUCAUCCGUAUCUUUGCCUCGCUGUUAUUGGAGCGACGUGUGAUCUUUGUUGCUGACAAGCUCAGCACCCUGUCCAGCUGUUCCCACGCAGUGGUCGCCCUGCUCUACCCCUUCUCCUGGCAGCACACCUUCAUCCCUGUGCUCCCGGCCUCCAUGAUCGACAUCGUCUGCUGCCCCACCCCUUUUCUGGUGGGGCUGCUCUCCAGUUCCCUCCCCAAACUGAAGGAGCUGCCUGUGGAGGAGGCCCUGAUGGUGAAUCUGGGAUCUGAUCGGUUCAUCCGACAGAUGGACGAUGAGGACACAUUGUUGCCUAGGAAGUUACAAGCAGCUCUGGAGCAGGCUCUGGAGAGAAAGAAUGAACUGAUCUCCCAGGACUCCGACAGUGACUCCGAUGAUGAAUGUAAUACCCUUAAUGGGCUGGUGUCUGAAGUGUUUAUUCGUUUUUUUGUGGAGACCAUCGGCCACUACUCUCUGUUCCUAACUCAGAAUGAGAAGGGGGAAAGAGCCUUCCAGCGGGAGGCCUUCCGGAAGUCCGUGGCCUCUAAGAGCAUCCGCCGUUUCCUGGAGGUUUUCAUGGAGUCCCAGAUGUUCGCCGGUUUCAUCCAGGACAGAGAGCUGAGAAAGUGCCGGGCCAAGGGCCUGUUUGAGCAGCGAGUGGAGCAGUAUUUAGAAGAACUCCCCGAUACGGAGCAGAGUGGGAUGAAUAAAUUUCUUCGAGGCCUGGGCAACAAAAUGAAGUUCCUUCACAAGAAGAAUUAGACCCUCUCACGGCCAGGAGACUGUUUCUCAGAUUGAGCAGAGAGCCUGGUGUCUACAGAGUGAGGGGCAGCAGAGAUGGGGUCCCCCUCCCCAGCUGCUGGCACAGAGUUCCUGCCUCCUACCCCUGCCGACCACAGCUGCCGAGCCCCACCCGCGUGCAGGACGGCCCGGGAUGUGUGUUUGUAAAUAAUCUGCCGCAAGCUUUAGGAGCUGGCUUUGUGAGGAGCAAGGAGAACGGUGUUAAAUAUUUGUAUAUUCCCGGGAAGACCGGGCCAUAGCAUGGAUCAAAUUUUGCUUGAUGCCGACGAUUGGCCACUUAUGUGCAACUGACUGUCUCAGCCGAACCACUGACCCUUCCCUCCGAGGAGUCUGUCCCGGGGCCCAGAACUGGGGCAGAGGGAUUUGGAUGCCUGAGGCUCCUGGUCUUGGGCUCCGGAGGGCAGGGAAGCCAUUUCAUUGGUGCAAGAGGACUGGUUUUUAUCUUUCAGAGUUUCUAUUUUUCUCUAGUUUUCUCUCUCUCUCAUUUGGAAAUACCAAGGCCAGCCAGGCCGCCUGUGCAGCAAGGUACUCGGCUCCUAGAUGCUCACCCUCGUGUCCCCCAGCCUUCCUCUACUCCAAAUGAUGAUCAGUGAGCUGUUGGGAGCCCCCCCACCUCUCCGCAGUCCGACUGCUGGACCCCAGCUGGCCCGCAGCAAUGGCGACUUGGUACAGCGCAUUCAUUCUCUGCAGUGUACGGGUGUUCCCAAUAAAUGGUGUACAGUUGUCUGGG